AUGAGUGAGAUUUCCGUUUCAGAAACUCCUUUCCCACCUAGAAAAGGGAACUUAUGUGAAAUCCAGUAUUAUUUCAGUUGGGAUGAUGACAAAGAAACUGGGAAAUAUAUUAGCUGGACAAGAAGGGUGUGUGGCUGCAUGGCAGCAUAUGCUUCCAAGUCCCCAAGAGCUGCCUAUUUGAACUACAGGGAUCUGGACUUGGGGAUGAACAAGGAUGCUAACACAAGCUAUGCACAAGCAAGCCUUUGGGGUUUGAGCUACUUCAAGAAUAACUUUAGGAGACUUGCACAAGUGAAGACCUUAGUUGAUCCUGGUAACUUCUUUAGGAAUGAACAAAGCCUCCCUGUGUUACCAUCUGGGGAAAAAUAG